CGGCUAAAUAAGAUUUUGAGUAAAAAUGGUACGCGUUGGACUUCAAAUCUCAGCUACGCUGGAGAAUAUUGAUAAGCUGGAAACAGAUGCCGACUAUGCCUUCUUCUUCAAACUGACCUGCAGCAAUUGCGGCGAAACGUCCGACAAAUGGCACGACAUCAUCGAAUCGGAGCGCGUGCAGCAGGACACUCGCAAUUCCGUGGGAUUCAACUUUUACAUGAAGUGCAAAAUGUGUGGACGUGAGAACAGCAUGGAUGUUGUGGAAAAGUCCAGCGUGCCUUAUACGGCGGAUGAUGCCGGCAGCUUUAAGACCAUUGUUAUCUUCGAUUGCCGGGGAGUGGAACCUGUUGAGUUCUCUCCCCGCACCGGCUGGAAGGUGCAAUCGGCAGAGAAUGGUCAGUCCUUUGAGGAUGUUGACCUGUCCGAAGACGAUUGGGUGGAGUACGAUCAGAAGAAUAACAACUCCGUGGGCGUUUACGAAUUUGCUUCCAAGUUUAUAAAACUGAAAAAAUAAAUUUCAUGGACU